AUGGUCUACGUCAGAUUCGCCUCCGUCUUUGCGGCGGCCUCGAUGGUCAUGAUGGCCGCCGCUGCGGACGAACAGCCGACAGCAACCAAGAUCAAGAACCCCAUCACCACACCAACAGUCACCCUGCCAGCAAGUGCCAUGACCAGCAUCGGUUGCUUUGAGACCUCAACCCCACUCGAGAACCACGGUCCAUACGGUUUCCAGUCGCCUGGUAACUGCCAACUCGUUUGCCUGGAGCAAAACAAGGACGUCAUGGGCCUGUCCAACGGCAAGGAAUGUUGGUGUGGUGACGAGAUACCCGCCAAAGAUUGGCAAACUAAGAACGAGACAUGCGGUACCCCCUGUGCCGGCGACGAUACGUCGCUAUGUGGUGGAAAGAACGUCUUGUGGGUCGUUCUCACAGGAAACACUCUGAACCCGGUCGACUAUUACGAGCCCGACGUGUCCAGCAGCAGCUCAGCAGCACCAAAGCCGUCGUCUGCUGCGCCAACAUCCACCGCUGCCGCCCAAGCGUCGGCCACUCCAUCCGAGGCGCCCAAGGAAGACGAAGACAGCAAACCAAACACAGUCGCCAUCGCAGUGGGUGUAGUCGUCGGCAUACUAGCCCUUGCCUCCAUCAUGUUUGGUGUAUGGUUCCUACUGCGCCGGAGACGUCAGCACCAAGCAGAAGAAGACUAUCGUCGCAACGCCGCCAACGUGAAUGCUUUCGUCAAUGGUGGCAAGCUACACACCAGCAACUCGUCCAUGAACGACUCUCGUCUGGACCCAAGUUUCGUUGACCGGAGGCAGAGCAACGGCAGUAUUGCAGACAACGAGGACUACUCGAGGCGGAUAUUGAAGGUUACCAACGUAUAA